AUGAUGAAAGCAAGAAAGUUAAUGAGAGUUGCUGAGUAAUAAACAACUGAAUUGUAUGAAUAUCCAAUUGAUAUACAUACUAAAAAUUAUAGUACGCAGAGAUAAAAUAGAAAAUUGGAUAAAAUAAAAUACAAUUAUCUCCCAAAAGUAGAUAAUUGUCUAAGUAAAGAUCCCUUUAUUAAUACUUUAAAAUUAACAACAUUGGAUUUAGUAUAGAAUUUCGAUUAUAUGGAUCCUAAUGAUGUUACAUUUCAACUAAAUGAAAUGGCUAAACAAAAGUCUUUUAUACAAUAAACCAAACCUUUUAAUCGAAUACAUCAAAGAUCAAUGCCUAAAUAAAGAAGCAAUAAUAAAUAUCUAUUUGAACUUUCUAGAACAACUAGAAUUAAUUGA